CUGGGCGAUCGCUUCUUCGAUGUUCCGUUACACGAUGGUGGCAGUGCUCGUUGCCAAGGUAUAGAUAGGUACUUAGUUAGGUCGCUAGAAGCCGCGCAACUUCAUUCUGCCCCAACUUCCCAAGCCUAAAUGUCAUCCCCAGUCCUGUUCGAAGCAUUCAUACUAUCUCAAAUCCAUGGCUAACGCCGCUGAUCAUGACUUCGGGAACCAGAGCCCGCCAGACUGGGUCAGCUUAGGCAGUGAUGUUGAGUUAAGCCGUAGAGUCGGAUGCACUCUGCGACAACACUCGACAUUAUGCGCCCUAUGCCGAAACAUGGUACAUAGCUUUUAUACCAAUGGAACGCGAUCAUUUCCACCGCAGCAAGAGAACUUCAGAGACUUGAAGAGUUUGAGAGCGUCUGCGAAAGGCUGCGACAUGUGUAUUCAGUCACUCGAGUACAUACAUCGUACCAAGUCAAACCCGAAAGUUCACGGAUAUUCCGAAGAGGACGAGAACCAAGAGUGGCGGGCGGCUUUCCAAGAUACCCAACCAAAAGCCGAUAUUUUCGGGUCGAGAACCGGAGACGCCCAGCAAUUACGCGAGUACUUCGGAGUAGUCAAAUUUCCGAUCCGAAUCACCAAAGACGAUUUAGAAAAUGAUUCGAUUCAAUUCACCGACCCGAUAUGGGAACGAAUUAAGGAAUGGUGUAUAAAAGAGAAGAAGGAAAUAGACCUAGAAAUUGUGCUAGAGUUAAUUCCAACCGAGACUAGAGCUCUGGACUACGACACUUCCCGGCCAAGUACGAGAGACGCCUUACGGUUAUGUAAAGUUUGGCUGCAAGAAUGCCGUGAUAAGCACAGUUGCUACUCGCCGUCCACUCGUAGACCUCCCUCGCGCCGCAGCUGCGCUAGCUGUAUAGCAUCACUAUGUAGCUGCCUCGGACGAAAACAAGAUCAUCAUUAUCGCGGCUUCUUACCUACGCGCCUCAUCACUACCAGCGGCGAGCCAAAGCUCAUUUUAUCUGAAGGCCUGCGAACAGACGAGGGGGAAGUUCGGUAUGCGACACUAAGCCAUUGCUGGGGCUCUCUUCCGUUCAUGACCCUCAGAAUGGGUAGCCUUGAACAAUUUAAACAAUGCAUACCGUCGGAGGCUCUUAUGACGACUUUCCAGCAUGCGAUUGAAGUAUGUCGCUACUUAGACAUCCCGUACCUUUGGAUCGAUUCCCUGUGUAUCAUUCAGGACAGUGGCGAUGACUGGAAAAAAGAGGCAUACCUGAUGACUGAUGUGUACGGGAGCAGCGAAUUGACUAUUUCGGCCGAAUCUGCCUAUAAUGGGAGCGUCGGAUGCUUCUUUGAGCGGGAGAAGACUUGGCGUUGUCAAAUCGUCCCUGAUCCCAGGAAGCCGAACAGACUAUACAACUGUGUCCCCGACACACAUUUUGAAGUUCAACAUCCCCUGAGUCAACGCGCUUGGGUCCUCCAGGAAGGCGAAUUAUCACCUCGAUCUCUACAUUUCGCCAGAGACCAGGUUUUUUGGGAGUGCAAGGAAAAUCGGGCCAAUGAGACUUUUCCGACCGGAUAUCAAAUCAAUCGUGGCCAUUAUGUGAUCAUGAGUGGAGUCGAAGAGUACGCGGCAGCGUACGGUCGGAUUAAGAAGAUACGCUGGCCCUACUAUGUAGAAGAAUAUACUCGGAGACUUCUAACGGAGUCGAGUGAUAAGAUGGUCGCUAUCGCGGGUAUCGCGCGAGUGAUUUUCGAGAAAGAAGCGGGGUACGACUGGAAGGACGAUCAGAACAGCGAACAGAUCCGGUGGAGAGAAGGCGAUCGCGAUCGAUAUAUCGCGGGUAUGUGGCUAAGUCGCAUCCCCUACGACUUAUUUUGGGGACGCAAGGUGCGUGCGGCAGGACGUGAGGUAUCCACAGAGUUCAAGUAUCCUACUUGGUCGUGGAUUUCUGCAGAUGGCCCGAUCUUCUGGAUGGUGAUGCCUAGCCAGAGUUCAUCAGAUUUCGUUCGGGUGCAUGAAGCAGCAGUCACCUAUGCCGAUCGGAAAAAUACCCUAGGCCCCGUUAAGAAAGCCACGUUGAGGAUAGAUUGUGGCGCUUUACGGCCCGUCACUAUCGAGGAGAGACAUAUUUUCGCCAAAGACGAAUUCCCCGGGUGCAUGAUAAUUCGCCUAGAAGAUAUGUGGGUGAACUUUGUUCUCGAUACUCUCGACUAUAAGGACUCUGUGCCGGCUCAGGUCUACUUUCUCCCCUUGUAUUCCUAUGCAAGAACGCCUGGUGUGGUUCUCAGAGCCAUGGACAACGCGAAAGGAGUAUACGAACGAGUCGGUAGUUUUCAGAAACUUGCUUCAGGGGAAAGAGAAGAGCCAAGACAAAAUCAAAUCUGGCCCGAGUCCCGUAGCUUGGACGCCAACCUAUUCUCAGAAGUUGUGACUGAUGAGAAUGGGAACCAAAAGUUCAUAUUAGAUCUAGUCUAAAGCAUUUCAAGUUUGACUUCAAUCACAUAUUUCAGAUUGUCGCAAGGAGGGGGGGUUACUCCGGGACUUCCCCGCCCGCAUCA